GUUAUAUUUGAGUAUUAUAUUACUGAAACCUUAUAUUAUAACUAGUAAUUGAUAUCAUCUUCAUGAUAUAAUUUUUCUAAAAUAAUUUACCAUGUACCUAAAAGAGUAAUGUACAAUAGUAUUACAUUAUACACUGGUAACCAAUAACCAUUAUGUAACAGUAUUAACUAGUGAAUAUAAAACAUUGUUUGGACUUUGGAAUAAUUAAAAUAAAAAAUUAAAAAUCUAAAACCAAAUGGAAGGAAAAACUGAAAGUAAUGAAGUUCUAUACUCACCAAGCUUGUGGUGUAAACGAAUGCAUCCAGAUACGGUGGUUAAUAAACAUAUUGAAAUAGUUCAGUUUAUUAGUGAACAAAUUAAGAAAUCUAGUUAUCGUGUAACAGCAAAUAUUAGAUAUGGACCGGGUGAUCAACAGCUAUUAGAUGUUUAUGAAAAUGAACUGACUUCUUUGGAUUAUACUUUUGUUUAUAUUCAUGGAGGGUAUUGGCAAGACUUAAACAAAGACAUUUCUGCUUACUGUGUAGAACCAUUAGUUAAUGCUGGAAUUCGAGUAGUUAUUCCUGGCUAUGAUCUUGCACCAAAAGUUACUCUGUGUAAUAUAGUUGAAGAAAUCUAUCAACUGCUAUCAUAUUUAAAGGAUUGUUUAAAAUACAAAAAUAUUUGGUUGGGAGGACAUUCAGCAGGUGCUCAUUUAGCUGCAUCUAUGAUACAUCCUGAAUUAAUUGAAAGUAUUGGAGUUAAAGGAUUUAUACUCAUCAGUGGUGUAUUUGAUCUUAAUCCAUUAUUGGAGACCUCUAUUAAUAAAGCACUGAGGCUGAACAAGAAGACUUGUCUCCAACUAAGUCCACUGAAUAAUCUACAUGGACUUGAUUUUACACAUAUUAUGACACAAAUCUGUGUAAAAGUUCUUGUAGUUUACGCAGAAAAUGAUUCUCCAGCUUUCCAUUUUCAAUCAAAACAGUUGGCAAAAUUACUGGACAAACUUGGUUUAGAAGUAAUAGAAGAAAGAAUAAAUGGAGUAGAUCAUUUUGAUAUUGUAGAGAAUCUUUCAAAUAAAGAUUAUUCUCUUACAAAAACAAUUAUUAAUUUUAUUUUAAACUAAUAUAUCAUAGCCAUAUGAUCUACAUCUAUGAAGUGAAUUGUUAAUAUUAUAUAAAGAUAGUAUGUUUUUAUGUACAUCUAUUAAAAAAUAAAAAUAUAUUAUACCUAUUUAUAAGCUAUAUAAUAUUAUCAAUAAUCUAAAAUAAUAUAAUUUUAUAGGACAAACUACAAAGAACUUUCAAUAUUUGAUUAUAUAAUACUUAUGAUAUUUUAUUUUUAAAUUACAUAUUUGUUAAUAAUAUUAAAUUGUGUUUAAUAUUUGGUUAUUAUUUAAUAGUUAUAGUCAGGGUUGGGCAGUAUCAAAAAUAUAAUUGUGUCAAGUAUCAUGAUACAUUUUAUACAAGUCUCAAGUACGAUGUACCUAACUUUUUUGUUAAAAGAUACAAUAGAUACUAUUUUUAUUGUAUACCUAUUGGCUAUUUGUAUAUGUAUUAUUAAUAUUGUAUUGUAAAUAAUUACAUUGUGGAUUGUAUUUUUACGAAAAAUAAUUGCCCAGAUGCAAUUGAGCCGAAACGAACGAUAGGUAACAAUUCAUUACACUGUUAUGUUCUUAGAUCAUAUACUGUAUAUGAUCUAAGGUUAUGUUAUAACUUUUAAGAUAAUUUUAAAUACAUAAAAUUAAACUAAGGUGCCCGUAUACCUAUCUGUAGAUUACAGUCAUACAGUCAUACAGAUAAGUACUAAACUAAAGUCUUUCCAUAUAAAAUAUAAAAUCAAAUCAAAAGUAUAGAUAAGCAAUAUUAUAAUGUAGUAUAAUGUGUAGGUGUAUUGUUAAUUAUUAUUAUAUUAUAUUAUACUUUUUGGUAGUAUACCAUGUAUUAUGAUACUUUUUUUUAGUAACUUGCCCAACCCUAGUUGUAGUAUUGCACCCCCUUAGUUGCGCUACAGUAGCUAUUGCUAUCAAUAUUAAAAUACAAUAUUAAAAAAUGAUUUAAUUAUAGCCUUUGUCUACUUAAAACCAAUGUAGUAAAAUAUAUAUAUAUAUAUAUAUUAUAAAUACCUAUUAUAUGCAUUUAUUUUUUUGUCGAUAUACAAUAACGAUACAACACGUAAUAGUCAUCGUCAUUCAGUAUGUUACUAAUUUUAUGUUGACCAUUUAGCAUGUCAGCAUUGCUAUUAAAGUCGAACUAUAUCUAUAAAUGUUCAAAUAAUUUCGUCAUAAGACAAAGACAUAUAUGAAAUAUUAUGUAUUAUAUUAAUAUCUAAUGAUUCUAAUGCACAACGAAAUGAGUGUAACUUCGUAAAAAUACUUGAAAAACACUUAUAAAAUAUCUAUUAAACCCUUAU